CUGGCACCAUGCGCGGUUGCUUGUGGAGAUGCGUGGGAGUCAUGGCAUCCUUACUCAUCCUGGGAUUCUUCAUUAGAGUCAGUGAAGCAGCCCGUGCGAAGCAUAGCACAACACUGAGUGAAAAGAUGAGAAUAAUACAGCGGGUAGCUCAGGAGCAAAUCAGCUCUGAAAUGAAGAACCAUCUGAAAUACUUCACAAAGAUGCAGAAAAAUCCCCAUGCACUCCAGGAUGCCAACUACACACUUCUGGCUGGAACUUCUCUCCAGGGAAAGUGGAUGCUGACGGUGGGGAUCUCCUCCAUGCAGCGUACCGGUGGGAGCUACCUCCUAGACACCCUGAAGUCCCUGUUCCAAGCCUCCUCAGAACAGGACCUGGAAUACAUGCUGGUAUUGGUCCUCUUAUCAGACACUGACCCCAACUGGCUCAACCAAACAGUUGCCAACAUUUCAGGUCUCUUCUUGCCACACAUUGAAUCCGGGAGGCUAGCGGUGGUCCAUGGUCUGCUCGGUGACUCCCUAGCAAAGAGCAGAAACUGUACCUCACCCUGCGGAGAGCUUUAUUCUAAGCAGAAAACAAGUUUUGUCCUCCUCAUGAAUUUUGUCAGCAACCUCUCUGAAUACUUCCUGUUGCUAGGAGACAAUGUGAAGUGUGCCCCCAGGUUUAUGUCUAACAUCUACUGGGCAGUGUCCGCCUGGAAAGAGCUCCCUUGGGUAGCCCUGGACUUCUCCAGCAUGAAGAUCUUUGGGAAGGUUUUCCACACCAGGGAUCUGCCCCGCCUGGCCUCCUUCCUGCUCCUCUUCCCUGAGGACACCCCCACCCACUUGCUUCUCUCUGAAUUCAGUCUUCUCUUGUCUCAGAAUGUUCCAAUUCACUUCAGCUUCUCCAUCUUCUACCCCAUGGGUUACUCAGAGGCUGAAGACUCCUGCUUCCCUGUGCCACAAGACAAGGACUUAGGAGAACCAGACAACCCCGUGGCUACUGUCUUCACGGACAUGCUCUCGUUUUGGGACACGAUUCCACAAUACGCCUACGUCCUCAAUGAUGACUGCUUAUGGGUCAUCAACCCUAUACAAGGUAACUACUUGCUGGUGGUUCUGGACGAGCCACAGAAAGUCAUCCGUGUAGCAGUGUUAACAGGCUUUUCUCAGAAUAGAAUGAACUACUUACAACAGGCACAGGUACUGCUGGGCUAUGCCCUCAUGGACUACCCCAAACGCUGUGCUCACUAUACCUUGGUAGGGCCUUUGGUGAGAGGGCAGUUGGACCAGAUGGUAUUUUAUGAGGAAGAUUCCGUGAAGAAGAUUAGUUGUAUAAAACUGCUGGUGACAGCAGCUCAUGACUCCCCCAUCAAGAUCGUACAGAUCAGAGUCUGGACAGAAGUGCAGGAAGAGGAGAGGUAG